CCAAGGUCCAGCAAGCGGCGGCGGGUAUGCGGGGUCUCGUUCAUGGGCCGUAACAGCUAUAAGACUGUAAGGAGCUCUGGCUUAGUGCAUAAACCGAGGUUUCCGACUGCGGCUUAGAUAGGUAAGAAAACCAGGCUUGCCAUCAUAGCUUGCUGUACUUACCCUCCGGGCUCGCAAGCGUAUAUCAACUUCACUCUGACUUCACUUGACUUUUUUCCACAUUAUUCGGUGUUGUCAUUUCAUCCUUGCACAACUCCUUGCUGCUGCCCAGGUACUCUCGUCAUCACAGUAUUUCACAUGUUGCCUGCCUCCAGUCCAUAACAGACGCGAGAGAACACCAUCUCGGACACCCCAGCAAUAUGGCCACAUCCACACGCCUUCCAGUUGGAAAACUGCUGCUAAUAGGCUUAAUCUUUCACCUGGUCUACAUUGGCUCUAUUUUUGAUUGCUACUUCAUGAGCCCGGUCGUCCAUGGUAUGCGGGGAUUCCAGGCGAGCACUGUUGGAGCAAAGCGUUUAGUCUUCAUAGUCGGCGACGGUCUAAGAGCAGACUUGCUCUUCAAUUUGAAACCCUUCCCCAAUAUCCCAGGUUCUCCGGAGGUGGUUGCGCCGUACCUGCGGACUGUGGCAGAGACACGAGGAGCAUUUGGGAUCUCCCACACACGUGUGCCGACGGAGAGUCGUCCAGGACAUGUAGCACUCAUCGGAGGGAUGUACGAAGACGUGUCCGCAGUCACCAGGGGAUGGAAGACGAAUCCGGUCCACUUUGACUCAGUCUUCAACCAAUCAAGCCACACUUACUCGUUCGGCUCGCCGGAUAUUCUCCCCAUGUUUGCGCAAGGUGCGACGCCCGGUAGGGUCGACAUGUGGUGUUACCAUGAGGACGAGGAAGACUUCACGAAAGAUGCGACAGCGCUAGACGUGUGGGUGCUGGAUCACCUGCGCGCGCUGCUCCAUAACGCGACGGCGAAUGUGACACUUUCUGCGCAGCUGCACGAGGAGAAGACGGUGUUCUUCCUGCACCUUCUUGGACUCGACACUACUGGACAUUCGUACCGCCCGCACUCGAAGGAAUACAUGACGAACAUCCAGGUCGUCGACACAAUUGUACGGCAGACGGAAGCGCUGUUCACCGAGUUUUACGGCGACGAGGACACGGCGUUCGUCUUCACGGCUGACCACGGCAUGUCGGUCAUCGGGAACCAUGGCGACGGCGACCCUGAUAAUACCCGCACGCCCUUGAUUAUGUGGGGUGCAGGAGUUCGGGGGCCUCUGCCAGAUACUGUACCAUCGUCGCACGACGAAUAUUCACAGCCAUGGGGCCUGAACCAUCUAUUCAGACGCGACGUUUCACAAGCGGACGUCGCUGCGCUAAUGUCCGCAAUACUCGGUAUUGACUGGCCAGUGAACUCUGUUGGUGUAGUGCCCGACGUAGAUCCCACCAAACCUGGAUAUUUGAAGUUACCUGGCGGGACAAGAGACCAAGCCACGGUCGUGCUUGUCAACGCCGAGGUCAUACUGGAGCACUACCGUGUCAAGCAUGAGAUCAAACGCGCGAACGCGCUAUUCUACAAGCCCUUUCCCUACUUCUCCGACAGCGACGAUCCAGAAGACAAGCCGGGCCAGUCAGCCCUCAAGGUUAUCCAGAUCCUGGUUAAUCGUGGCCGGUACGACGACGCGCGCGAGGCCGCCGCAAAACUCAUCGACCACACGCUGGCUGGUUUGCGAUACCUCGAGACAUACGACCGGACUCUAAUUCGCACGAUCGUCUUUAUUGCGUACACAGGUUGGAUCGCGUUCAGCGCGGCGCACGUCUUACCACGAGCGUGGGCGCAGCCACUCGAGGAUAUGCAAUUCAUCGACAUCUUCUCGGUGUCGUGCCUACUCGUAUCGUACCUACUGUUCGCAUUGCAGCAUACGCCAUGGACGCUCUACCUUUAUGCCGUCUUUCCCGUGUACUUCUGGCACGAGGCGGUCGCACGGUGCGGUGGCAGUGUCACGAGGACGUUCCUCACGGCACCACCGAAAAUCCUCGGGAAGAUUUUCGUCGGCAUGUGUGUGGUCGUUGCCGCGCUCGAGAGCAUGGUGCUCGGAUAUACCCAUCGCUCGGUAUGGAGCGUCGGCUUCGUGAUCCUUGGCGCUGUUUGGCCGCCACUAUUCUGGCCGCGCAAGCUGAUCUAUGAGCGUCCCACACUUUGGGCAGCGUGGGCUGUGACGUGUCUCGGGUCUGCGAUGUUCCCUCUGCAAUCGGUGGACAAGGUGGAGAGCCUUGCAUGGAUCAUGGGCGGAGGCGUCGUGAUGCUUGCUUGGGGCUGGUACCUAUUUGACCUCUACAAGGAGCAGAUGAUCUUGGAGACAAAAAUUGCUGUGUACGUACAGCUUGCGCUUGUCCUGGCAAGCAUGGCUAUCACCUUGAGCUCUACCCACAGCCUUCGGGCCAAGCUUGGCCUGCCACUAGCGAAUCAAGUCGCGGGCUGGCUCAUCCUCAUGACUGCAACAGCAGUGCCCUUCCUGCUUCGCUCGCAGUGGCUUACGCCUGAGACACGUACCCUGACGCUCUUCCUUGGCUUUGCCGUUAUUUUCGUCAUCCUCUCCAUUAGUGUCGAAGCGCACUUCUACACGCUAUACUCAGCAACGCUCCUCACCUGGACGCGAGUCGAGGCUGCACUCAAGGAGCACCGCUCGGCACAGCCAAAGAAGGACAAGAACAAGCUCACUCAGGGAUACGAGGCGUGCGCGGAUGAUGUGCGAAUCGCGGUGUUCUUCUUAUUCUUCGUGCAAGUCGCGUUUUACGGGACGGGAAAUGUUGCGUCGAUAUCAUCGUUCUACCUAGAGCCCGUCUAUAGGCUCGUUCCAAUAUUUAACCCAUUCCUCAUGGGUGCGCUCUUGAUAUUAAAAAUUAUCGCACCAUAUGUCAUGCUCUCCGUCUACUUUGCGCAGCUGAAUCACAAGCUGGGCCUCCCGCCAUUCAGCCUGUUCUUGGUCGCGCUUGCGCUGACAGAUGUAAUGACACUGACGUUCUUUUUCAAUGUCACCGAUACCGGCUCGUGGCUUGAGAUUGGUCAGACGAUUAGCUUCUUCUGCAUCAGCUCCCUACUGCUCGUAUGGUCCGCGGGUAUAUGUGCUCUAGGCGAGUGGCUCCUGGGCCCCCCUUCUCCCUUGCCGAAGACGAAGGCGGCGUAAAUCACAUAUCUAGAUGCUUUUCCAUCUUAGAGGGUUACAGCCACACUAAUAUCUGCCUUCCGCUCUGAUUCUUGCCUGCGGGAUUGAUGCAGAGGUACAUGCGCGAGCAGCUUGACCGGUAAAGUUCCUACUCGCGCGUGUAGGCGUCGUGACGCAAUCUUAUAAUAU